AUUAUUUGCCGAAUCGAUAAAACAUUUCAAAAGUAUGCAGCUACUACUGAUACUUUAUAAUGUUGCUUAUAUAUAUGCUCAACAAAAUUGGCGUAAAGUUUAUCUUGAAGAUCCAAAAGGAAUUUUAACUGGAGAAAAGCGCAUAUUCAAUAAAGUUGCUGAGUAUGCAGAUUUAGGUUACGAAUAUGAAAAUGGAAAAGUUUGGCCAAAACCGCAAUCAGAAGAUCGAUCUGAAGACGAGCAAUAUACAGUUGAUCCUAAAACAUUUAAAUUUGAAUCUAUUGGAAAACAUGCUGUAAUAAGUAAUGCUUUAAGUCGUUAUCAAGAAUUGACAUUCCAAAAUAAAGAGUAUCUUCCCGAUAACAAUCUAAAAAGAGUUAAAUCUCUAGUCAUUACUGUUGAAGAUCUUAACGAACCACUUUCGGCUGAUAGUGAUGAGUCUUAUAAGUUAAAUGUAUCUGCACCUACUUCAUCAUUAAAAGCUAAAAGUGUUUGGGGCGCUUUAAGAGGUUUAGAAUCCUUUUCUCAAGUUGUUCAUAGAAAUGGUACAUCAUACAGAAUUCCUAAAACAUAUAUUGAUGAUUUUCCUCGAUUUAAAUUUCGUGGAUUUUUAAUUGACACGUCCCGUCAUUAUCUUCCGGUAUCUAAAAUAUUUCAGAUAUUAGAUGCUCUAGCUUACAGUAAGUUUAAUGUUCUUCACUGGCACAUUGUGGAUGAUCCUUCCUUUCCAUAUGUAAGUAAGAAAUUUCCAGAGUUACACAAGAAAGGUGCAUUCAAUGAAAAGACACACGUUUAUAAACCUGCCCAAGUUCAAGAUAUUAUAGAAUAUGCAAAACUACGAGGAAUCAGAGUUAUGCCUGAGUUUGAUACACCUGGUCACACUCACUCAUGGGGUGGAAUUCCAGGCCUUUUGACCGAAUGUACAUACACAAAUCAACAAGAAGAGAUAUUUUUAGAUAUGAAAGGGCCUAUAAAUCCAGUACGCAAUGGAAGUUAUGAGUUUUUAAAAGACUUUUUUAAGGAGAUUUCAGAGGUAUUUCCAGAUGAUUAUAUUCAUCUUGGAGGCGAUGAAGUGGAUUUCGCAUGUUGGUUAAGCAACGCGGAAGUUGUGCAAUGGCUUCAAGAAAAUUUUAAAUUAGGAAACGGCUCAACCUUGCACACAUACUUUCUUCAAAGAUUAACAAAGAUUGUAUCUGAUUUAAAGAAAAAGUAUAUAGUAUGGCAAGAGGUUUUUGACGAUGGCGUAAAAAUUGAGAACGAUACUGUUGUAAACGUUUGGAAAGAAAAUUGGAAAGAAGAAAUGAAUCGUGUCACUUCAGCUGGCUUUAAAGCAAUUUUAUCUUCGUGUUGGUAUCUUAAUUAUAUAAAAUACGGGUUAGAUUGGCCAAGACUUUACAAAUGUGACCCCCAAGACUUUAAUGGAACGAAAGAACAAAAAGAAUUAGUUAUGGGAGGAUCCGCAGCUAUAUGGGGUGAAUACGUUGAUACAACAAACGUUAUACAAAGAUCAUUUGGUAGAGCAUUUGCGGUAGCUGAACGUUUAUGGAGUCACAAAGACACAACUGAUAUUUCUGAAGCUCUAAUAAGAAUUUGGGAACAUAGAUGUAGGUAUAUUGAUCGUGGAAUUCCGGCUGAACCAGUAACUAGAAGUAAAUUUUGCCGAAACGAAUAUGAAAACAUUGUUUAGAGAAACUAACAAAAAAAGAUUUUCAGAGACAAAAAAGAAAAACAAUAAUUUUAAUUCUAUAAAAUCGUGCUGCAAUAAUAUUCUA